GAAUUUUUUUUUCAAAUAAUAACCAAUAAAAAUAACUGGUGUUCAUGGGAGUGAUAUUUGAGAAUAUUUCGAAUGACUAUCAGAGUUUGAGUUAAUAUUGUGUUUAGUCAAGUUUGAUACGCCGUCUAGUUAACACACAUAACAUUUCAUUAAAUUAAAUAUGCGAACUGAAAUGACAAAACGAUUAGAUGCUAUCAUUUAUCGACAUUUAGCCCUUAACAUUUAUGGUUUUUAUUUUGGCCGUUUAAUUAUAUUAUCAUCGAUAGGUUAUAGUAUAAUCGAACAAUAUCUUGGUUCAAUUCAUUGCCAAGGUAAUUCGAAAAUACGAGAUCAAUUCAUAAGAGAUGUUUGUCUUCAAGGAAAAAAUGAUUUCGUUGAACAUCGAAUGUUUUUAUCAUCAAAACGAUUGGUUGAUUACUCUGAUCGAUCAUAUUCUUAUUAUCCAUGGGUUAUUCUUUUGCUGUUUGUACAGGGUAUGUUGGCUAAAUUAUCAGGUGAGUGGCUACAACGAAGUCAACAUCAUAAAUUGAAACAAUUAAAUCGUAUAAAACAAUAUGUACGAAAUGCUCAAAUCGCACCGGAAUUGUUUUGUUACUCGAGCCGUAAUAUAAAACGACAGAAACGAAUACAACAAAUUAUCAGUUUUUUUUAUAAUUUUCUUGUCGAUUCAUCGGGAAAUCAAAAUUAUCUUAUUGAUUAUUUUACAUCAUUGAUAUUCUGCGUGGUAACGUUAUUCAUACAAAUGAUCAUCCUUGAUUCAAGUUUCGAUGGUCAAUAUCUGAGCUUAGGCAUACGAUUCCUGUUAUACUAUCAUUUUGAGCAAGACAAGUCUUUGAAGAUAUUACAAUCGAUCGACGAUAUAAACCCAUUACCUCAACUAUUUCCUUAUGUAAUUGGAUGUCGAUUUAGAAAUCACGGCCUUUCCGGUUCAUCAUUUGUUGCAGAUUAUGUUUGUACAUUAAACAUGAACAUUGUCAAUGCCUAUAUCUAUCUUGUCGGUUGGUUUAUUUAUAUUUUUAUCGGUAUCUGUUUAUUAUGGUCUAUCUUGAAAUUACCGAUUGAAUUGCUAUUGACAAUAAGAUCGUCACAUAUUAAAAAAAGAUUGAAUACCGAAUGGAAGUUGUUGAUCACUGAUUCUAACAUUUCUGAUGACUAUUAUCAACAAUUUUUGAUAAAAACAAAAAUUUCUGCAUCGACAAUAGUUUUGAUUCGUUUAGCCAGAAUUGAUUUAAAAAAUUUAACCGAAACUUUGGGGUUGCUAAAAUCCAAAUUGGCCAUAUUAAAUGCAAAAAAUAGCUACAUUUAAUUUUUAUAUCAGACUAUGAAUUUUUUCCAAACAUUCAGCAAUAAAAAUUGUCAUCGGCAAUACCAAAAAAAAAUAUAUUGAACGAAAUCACAACUAAGCCUCAAUAUCAUAAUAACCAAAACAAAACGGAACGACGCAGCAAUUUUUUUUUUAGUUGAAAACUUUGAAUUUUUUUCAAAACAAUAGAGCAGCUAAGUGGCCAUAAUCGACAAGCGGCAAAAAUGU